CAGGACUUGCUUUUGGCCAAUCAGUAACGACGUCUCAUUUAUUUAAGCUUAAGUGACGAAGCUGCUUUGGGUAUUUUUCUUUGUUCAAGGUACAAACUAUUUGUAUUUUCUGCUUGUUUCUUGUCAAGAAGCUGAAGAUAUGGUUGUUGCCGCUUCCCAGCCUCCACCUGGAGUUGAAGCUCAUGCUCAAGGCAUUCCUUCUGGCAUGACACCAAUGCAGGGGUCUAGACAUACUGGCCCUAAUUCCUACAGAGGACCCAAUCCAACUCACUUUGACCGUCAACAGCAAGGCCACUGGCCCUUCUACUAUGUUCAACCCUCACAGCCUUACUUACCAUGCCAGUGGCCCAUGCCGAUGCCUUAUGUCCCCUAUGGAGGCUUCCCAGGGUUGGGUUAUGGCAUGGUUUUGCCACCCUUCCCACCUGCUUCAUAUGUUGAAGCUCCUGGCUACAUCCUUCCCCACACCCAGCUGCACAUGGUUGACUACAGACGCAUGAGGGCCCCCCAUUUAGCACCUGCAAUGGCGUACCAGGCUCGCCGAUUCCGCUACCAGCACAUGACCCCAUCUGGUCGUGUCAUGGUCAGUUCAGAAGUUCAAACUGAGCCUGUUUCUGCCAACUCUCAACAACAGGGAUACAAUGUUGUAAAAAGCACUCAGAACAGCUCUGAAUCUGGAAGAAGUACUGACUCUAGUAGUGUUCUCUCCUCUAUCCCAAAUGACCAAUCUGCUUGUCCUGAAAGGGGCUGUUCCAUGUUAGACAAAAUGGCUGGAGAUACUGCCAAAAUUACUGCUGUUCAAAAUGGUAUUCUUUUCCAAGCGGAGGAGGUGCGGAUUGAGUGUAGUGGUUCCCCUUCUGCUGCAAUGAAAAUCACACAUUCCAAGGAGACCACUGAGCUAGCAAGCAGUGCUGAUGGAGCGCUCUUGCAGUGUAAUGUAGGAUCUGCAGAAGAUAUGGUCCUAAGAUGCUUUCAACCUUUGCCUUUUGGGGAUGAGGAAAGAAAAUGUACAAAAGACCACAGCCACUUGGAGGACCCUUGCCCAGAUAUUCUAAUGCUUUCUUGUCCCCCGAAUGGUUCUGUGAACACACUAGAAGGCUCAAUUGUUGCACCUGUUGAACCGGUCAACAGUACACUGGUGGUUCAAGGGGAUCCAAGCUUGGUAAACAGUGCCCAGGAUAUGUGCGGGAACUCCAAGAACAUUCACUUUAAAAUCCUGCGAUUACCCCUUGACCUGCAGUGUCUGGAUGAGUUUCGGCAGAUGGAUGCCUCCGUUUGGUCCGUAGAGUCUUUGAUGCCUUAUGUGCCUACAUCAGAGUGGAUGAUGCAAAAUGGCCUGAUGACUCCAGGGAAACAAUCCCUUCCCACAGUAAUGGAGGUUCCUGCUGAGAGUGCUCAACAAUCGAGUAAGUCACCAGCAGAUGCAACACCAUGUUUGCUGGAAACUGGAGCAGUGAUUGAACUUGAUGGACAAGACUCGAUGACCUCCUUUGAAUCCUUUUCACCAUUGCUUCUUUCAGCCAGUAGACUAGCAGAGUUUGGUAAUGAAUAUUACAAUAAACUAUCCUCUAAUAUUCAGAAAAUCAGCAAUUUGGGUAACUUGGCAGAGGGGCAAUCUGAAACCCAUCAGGAUACCAAAGUCCAGUGUGGACCCCAAAGUCCUAAUGCUGCUUCUAAGAAAUUGAAAGAGGAGAUGACCAUCCAGAAUGUUGUAGCUGAGUUUGGUCCUAAAGAGGAGGAUUGUACCAUGACUUUGUUUCCAGAGUCACCUCUCAAACACAAAGAACAGCUGUGUAAAAGCUGUUCGGUGGAACACAGUACAGACAUCUGCUCUGGUAGUCCAAGUAGCAAGGCUGGUUGCAUUAAACGGCGCAAAGUUUCUCGUGCUCAUUUAACAGGGAAUAUGGGCAAGGCUCCAUUGUGUGCCACAUGUAUGGGUGCUCCUGAGAAAAAAGCUAGGUGCAAAGUGGCUGCUAUUAAAGCAAACACUGAGUUGAACAAAAAAAACAAGGAAAUGAGUGAAGUCUCUGAAAAUGAUGUAUAUCCUACAAAAAAAUGCUUGGCACAAUUGUACAAGGUUCAAAAUCCCCAUUCGGGUAAACAUUUGGAGAAAUGCCCUAUGUCUCUCCAGUCCAAGCUGAGGGAGCAAAAUUGCUUGUGUGAGGAUACGAGAGCUUCACAAUCCACUUCAUUGUGGAACAAAAAUAGACGUAGUCCGAAUAAUGACAUCACUUGGGGGAAAAAUGAGGAAAACCUGGCUCUUUCAGCAAUGGAGGGAUGGACUGAUGCUGAGCAGAGAUUCAUUGGUGAAAAGUCAGGGAGAGGAAGUGUUCAAGCGUCAGAUGGUGAAAGUACCAAAAGUGGAGGAAAUGUGAGGACCCAAAAUAAGCCAAAACAGUACACACGAUCACUAGAUGUUCACAGAAAAGACACAAGAUACUAAAGACACUAUUUGCACAGUGACCAACUGGACAAAGGCACAUUUUAAGAUCACGUUUUAAAUGUCACAAUUUUUACACCCCCUUAAAACACUGCACAGUUUUAUACAGUGAAUACAGCACUUUUGAAUAAAGCACCUUUUCCUUA